UAGACAAAAUCAUGAUAUAGAUUUUAUCUACAUUGUGGACGAAAGUAUACAAAAGUUGAUGAUAAAAACAUAAAAAACAUAUUUUUAUAUUUUAUGUGAUUAUUGGUUAUCAAAAAUCGACUGUAGCAUGAUAAAAGCAUAGAUUAAAAUUUUUCAAAUUUUACAGUACCGUGGCAAAAGUAUUGAUACCGACAAUUCCUAUUACUUAAAUUUCAAUACCUACUACACAGCUUACCCGAUUCAAGUUUGUUAUGGCUUUAAUUUUUCGAAGAUUUUAUACAUCAGUUGUUGAAAAGACUGUUAUGAUUUCCAAAUCAACAGAUGUAUUUGAAAAUCUUGCCCUGGAACACUGGUUCUACCGACAUUCAGACUUUACUAAUAAAUCUAUGUUGCUAUUGUGGGUAAACAGUAAUUGUGUUGUGAUUGGUCGACAUCAGAAUCCUUGGUUAGAAGUAAAUUUUGAUUCAGCUAUUGAUGUACGGAUAGCAAGAAGGAAUAGUGGCGGUGGAACAGUAUUUCACGAUAAUGAAAAUCUCAAUAUGACAUUUUUCACAAGCAGGGAUAUUUAUAAUAGGAGAACAAAUUUAGAAUUAAUCGUCCAAACAUUAAAAAAUGAAUGGAAUGUUGUAACAGAAAUUAAUAAACGAGAAGAUAUUGUUAUAGAUAAUAAGUACAAAAUAUCUGGCACAGCUUCAAAGUUGGGAAGACCUAAUUCAUACCACCAUUGUACUUUAUUAGUUAAUUGCAAUCGAGAAUUAAUGUCAAAUCUAUUGAGAAAACGUGAAAAAAAUAUUGAAACCAAUGCCACAGUCAGUGUAUCAUCUGAUGUAUUGAAUUUGACACAAAUUAAUAACAAAGUGUGUAUCAAUAGAUUAAUGACUGCUGUUGGUUUACAAUACCUAAAAACAGUAGGCAAUAAAACUACAACAGAUCAAGGAUUUAAUUAUGUAACACCAAAUGAGCAAACAUUCCCUGGUUUCAACGAAAUAAAAAAUGAAAUGGAGAGCUGGGAAUGGAGAUAUGGACGAACGCCAAAGUUUAAUAUAACUGUUAAAUGUAAUGAACAAUCUGUUAUUUUAUCUGUAAAAAAUGGUAUUAUUGAAAAUGUUGCUACAACCUGUAAUGUAUGUUUAAGCAACUUAUUAAAUGAAAAAUUUAAUAUGAAUAUAGUGGAAGAGAUAAAAAAACGUUUAAAAACACUAAAUGUUUAAUGUUAUAGUAUAACAGUCUUGUUUUUUAUUUUUUAAUUACUGUAGUAUAAUAAAAUGUUG